GGCGUCUUGUGUUUACGGAAGUGAGAAUUACAGGUAAUUUUUUCAAAGGUUGAGAUGUGAAGACUGAACAACAAGUAUGUGUUUGAUCGUCCUGAUUCUGAUCUGUCUCAGUUCUUCUGUGAUAGCAGAUGAGUUUAAUGCUGAUAUGGAGAACACAGGGGUAUGUACACGAAGCUUACCAGUGAUUGUUAGGAAACAGGAUAUCUAUAACAUCUAUGCAGAACCUCGGCAGGAUGGCAUGGGUACCAGAGACAGAUGCACCAUAAGGUUCAAGGGUGAUGAAGGAAGGAGGUUCAAGCUGUGUAUCAGAGACCUCAAGUUCGGGGAAUGCCAGGUGUUUAUAAAGAUGUAUGAUGGUAUUCCAGAGGCUGAUGUUCUAAACAAUGCUAGGUAUACAUUUGGUUGCAACGCUGGUACUGGAAAUGUGUAUAAUUCGUAUACCAGUGAUAUUUCAGUAAGCCUUGAAAAGCCAGAUUCAGGCAGCACAGCGUACAAGUUUUAUUUAAGGCUUACAACAGAAGAUGGGCCUGAUGUUUGUGGGGGUAUUGUGCCACAGUCGGAAACAGAGUCCCCGAUGAGUGCUGGAGUGAUUGCAGGCAUUGUUGUUGCAGCGAUUCUAGUCCUUGUAGUGAUUGUAGCAGUUGCCGUUUACUUGAUUUUUGCUUAUAAAAGAAAACUGGAGGAAAAAGAAGCCCUUGCACAUUCCAUGCUGCUUCGUUCUUCAGGUGCUGUACAUGGAGGUAGUUCGGUUCACAGCAGUGCUCAUAGUAGUGUUCACAGUAGCGUACACAGUAGCAAACACAGUAUGUACCCUGCGUUCAGGACAACAAUCUCCGAAAAACAUGGUACUUGUAAUUCUAUUGAAACUCAGAGUUACGAUAGCGAACAAGUUGAUUCGGCUCAAAAUGGCAGCGCUAAACUUAAACCUGCCAUGAAGAGCGUAAAACAUGAGUUUGAUUCAAUGAGGCAUGGUUUACAGAGAGAAAAUCUCAGAAAGGCACGAGAAGAGGAGGAAUAUCGGCAGGAGGAGGCUCGGAGACAGGAACAUCAGAGAGCUGACAGACAGGGUAGGGUCGACUCGAACAGAGGGUUGGGCAGGUCAAACAGAACACAUAAAGCAGAUAAUCUUCUUCUUACAGAUGCAAAUAUUAAACAUUCAUUAAGACAAGCUAGAGAUAAAGGUAGAUCUUUUGAUGACAGGAGUUCACAUAAAGGUUCUACGAGGAGCUCUAGAACAAGAAAUAACUAUCACUCCCCAUCAAGAAGUGUUGAUAACUAUAGAUACCGUGCAGACUCUGAUUAUAAUUAUUCCGAUAAUUAUGAUAAUGAUCGCAAUAGAGACCGAGGUAGAAGCAGGUCUCGGAGUGUUGGGUCACGACCGACUCAGAGGUCAUCAUCGACGGGUUCACAGUCGCGUAGAAAACGAGAUUAUUACGACGAUAGGGACGAUUAUAGUGAUUAUGAUGAUAAACGAAGGAGGCGUCGCCAUGACAGCAGGGAAAGAUAUAGUGAAGAUGAAUAUCGCAGCAGACGUGAUAGUUCCAGUCAUAGAUCAGGCACACAAAGGUCAAGGACAAAUAGUACAGGAAGGAGAAAUAGAUAGUGCUAGUUAGAAUUUCUCAGGACCUUACAUUCUUAUUGUUCAGAACAUUAAUCAGGGCAUUUUUACGUAAUGGACUUCAAAAGUCUCAAAGACCUUUGUUCAAUAACAUAAGCUGAUCAAAGCAUUUAGAAAUGAAGGCCUUUUAUUUGGUGCAAAAUGCAUCAACAGACUUAAACUGAUAUGAGCCGUGCCAUGGGAAAACCAACAUAGUGGGUGUGCGACCAGCAUGGAUCCAGACCAGCCUGCGCAUCCGCACAGUCUGGUCAGGAUCCAUGCUGUUCGCUUUUAAAGCCUAUUGGAAUUGGAGAAACUGUUAGCGAACAGCAUAGAUCCUGACCAGACUGCGCGGAUGCGCAGGCUGGUCUGGAUCCAUGCUGGUCGCACACCCACUAUGUUGGUUUUCCCAUGGCACGGCUCAUAUUAGCUGUCAUGGAGUUGUAAAAAUAGUGAUAACUAGAACACGAGAACCUAUUUGAUAGGAAUGCUUGCCAUGGUCUGCGUAAUAUGUUUGUAAUGUUACGAUUGUGAUAUGCGAUGUCAUAAUGGUGUAGCAUUUACAAUCAGUUUGCUAGAUGGCAAUGAAAAAUGCGUAGAUGUGUAAAGAGAUGUUGAAAUUUUUUUUGCCAUUACAAGGCAGUAAAGGGAGUUAAAAAUGCCAAAACAUUCCUGCCAGUACCCGUACUUCUAAAUAUUACAUAUCAAAAGGACCUUGUGAUGAAUUGAAUAAUGUGUACUUUUCCUACUGUCUGAAAUGACAGUCAUAGCAUUCUUACAGUCUGUAUUUUUGUACCCCCCCCACCCCCCCCCCUCCCAAAAUACGAAGUUGUAAGAGGGGUAUACUGGUUUCAGGUUGUCUGUCUGUCCGUCCUUCUGUCCUCCAUCAAAUACUUGCCUGUUUAUACAACCACUGAAUUGUUACAUAAUAAUCAGGGUUAGAAUUUAACAGUUUUUUGUACUUGAAAAUUUUUAUGAGUACAUAACAUUUCAACUCGCAAUUUAUCAAUUUUAUUAACAUUAUUUAUCUAUCAAAACAUAAAUUUUAAUUUAAUGUUUUAAGAAUUUUGAACUCAUUAUUUUGGCCAUUUUGUACAGAAAACAGUACUAUGUUUUAGGCCAUUUUGUACAGAAAACCGUACCAAGCCCUUUAUAAGCUUGGAGUUGAACUUUUUAUUUAACAGUUUUUUUACACUUGAAAAUUUGUAUGAGUACAUAACAUUUCAACUCGCAAUUUAUCAAUUUUAGUGGCAAUUUUGUUCAACUGUUAUGGGCAGAAACAAGGUUCUGUCCUCCAUAACACUACCGGCAAGUGGGUGUCGCACUAAACACAGUUUUUCCAUAAAAUAUCGUGCACGUUCAUACCAGUAGUUACCAUGUAGCCUAAUCAAAAUCUGCAAACAGUCCACACACUAUGUAAAUCAAUCGGUAUGUACUGUGUGAAACAGCAUCAUUAUAUGCGUAUUUACAGCAGAUUGAAACUGAAAGUUAAAGAAAUUAAAACCGUCGUAAUUUCUACUUGAGAUUUUGCACACGCAAAAUUCUGCAAGUUUGGGCAAAAGUCACUCGCAUUUUUCAAAAUGUACUCGCAUUUUGCGAGUAUGCAAGCUUAAAUUUGAACCCUGUAAUAAUAAACAAUUUUCAAUCUUUGUUUAAUAGGUAAACAGAUCUUGUCAUGUUAGAAUAUAUGUUAAUUAGUUCUUUGUUAUGUGAUAAAAUCACACAACUUGUCAACUCUUGUAACGAAAUGUUUUGCUUGUUUAUCAAGAUGUGAGAAACUAUCUCAGAUGAUGUCAUGAAUGGUCAGUUUAUUAUUUAUAGUUUUGUUCAUGUCAACAAAAUCAUAUUUAGGUUGAUUACUAAUGUAACUGAAAAUGGCCAUUAAAAAUCUUUUAUACCUAUUUAAUUGCAAAUAUGUGGAAAUAUAAACAUAAUUGUGACAUCUGGUUUGGAAGGUUCUUUACCUUUAGUUUAUUCAUAUUUUUAUAUAAUAUUUCUUUGUCACAAAAUUAAGCACUUACCUAUACAGUAUGAUAACAUUCAUUUACCGUGAUUUACAUAAUUACCGCAGAUGAAAUGUCAUCAGGCGUAAAAGUGGAGCUAAAGAAACCUACCAAUAAAAUUUAUAUCACACAUUCUGUAAUUAUCGAUUAUUACCGGCAUCAUUUUACAUGGAAGAUCCAGAGGGCAUAUAAGAAUGUUCUGAAAACACUAUAGGACCAACUAGCUGCGUUUAAAACAUGUCAUUUCAACAAUUAGUGGAUGCCAUAAUAGGCAGGCUAGAACCCUGUUGUACACAUAAAAACAUGAAACUAGCCCCAACAAAAUAUUGGUUUUUACCUAGAAUUGGUUUUUUCUGUUGAUGAUAAACUAUUUUAAAUUGGAAACUGUUCAAAGCUGAACAAGCUGUUUAAAUUUUCAAUUAAUAUAAAAAAUGAAGCAACUUAGUUUCUUUUUAAAAUGCUAACAGAAUCUAAAUUUUACAUGUUAUGGUAGUAUUAUCCAAGACUGAUACUUUUACCCAUAUAACAGUCAUGCAAGGAAGAUCUACAUUUAGUUUCAGAAUUCCCUUGCAAUUUCUCUUGUAAUUCAACAGGCUAUAAACAUAUGUUAUUGUUCUUAGCCCUUAUCUUGCUGGACAUGAUUGGUUCUUUGCGACCAGUGUAGAUCAUGAUCAGCCUGCAGAUCCGUGCAAUCUGAUCAUGGUCUGCACUGGUCGCAAAGGCAGAAUCACUUGCUGGAAGCAGGCUAAAGGUUAAAUCAUGAUAUGAGCCGCGCCGUGAGAAAACCAACAUAGUGGCUUUGCGACCAGCAUGGGUCCAGACCAGCCUGCGCAUGUCCACAGUCUGGUCAGGAUCCAUGCUGUUCACUAAUGGUUCCUCUAAUUGUAAUUGGCUUUGAAAGCAAACAGCAUGGAUCCUGACCAGACUGCGCGCAAAGCCACUAUGUUGGUUUUCCCAUGGCAUGGCUCAAUUAUGUUGUUGAGACAUUUUAAUCAUGUUUGUUAAAGAUUUAAUUUGAGCUCACAUUUUUUUUUAUGAAAUGUCAAAUAUUGUAUUAUGACAACCUAAGUUUUAAGAAGUGUUUUAGAUGGUUUUAUGUUCUUUUAGAUCCUAUUUUUAUUUCAUAGAGUCUGACUAUUUAAUCCUUAUCAUGCUGGACACGAUUGAUUCUGCCUUUGCGACCUUUGCAGAUCAUGAUCAGCCGCCACAUCCGGCAGUCUGAUCAAAAUCUGCACUGUUCGCCAUUCAGUCAGUAUCUUUUUGGUAAGCACCCCUUUUAACAGUUAAUGGUACUGUCCAAAUUGAAAAGUGGACAAGUUCAUUACAGAAAUUUAGUAGGGUAAGGGUUAAAAGGAGUGAUGUGUUUUACACAUACUUAUAGUAAAUACAAUGAUCUCAUCUUUGUACUUUAUGGAAGAAGAAGAAGGAAAAAUGACAUUUUAUCAUAAUUAAUGCAUGUUGCUAUUUUAAAGAUAUCAUGUCAUAGAGUGACUUUGUAUAGUACACAAAAUACAAUAAUUAUGAUUGACUUUGGAUACUCUUGUUACUUGUGAUAAUUUUCAUGGUUCCAGAUUAUUUACAGUCAAGUUUUUGAAAAAAGUUUUGAAUGCUUAAUACUAGACAUUUGUUAAGUGUAUUAGAGAACUCUUUAGAAUGGCUGUAGAAUUUACCUUUUGUAGAUUUUAGAUUUAUUAGGGUAAAUUUUUUUGUGGUCAGUACUGGUAGUUUUAUUGAAAUCGGGCUGAAUUUUCCAAUUAAAUAAGCAAAACUAGUUUAAAAAGUAAUUUAGAUAUUUUUCUUUCUGCUUUAUCUUCUCUUCCAAGAAAAAAAAUGUAAGGGAGGUAAGUUGGAUUGUAAUAGGUCAAUGUUGUAAGAAGAGUUAUCUCAUUGCCAUGUAAUUACUUUUCCUAUUUGUAAAGAAAGAAUAUUGUUAGUUUUCAUAUUAAUUUUUUCUGCCCUCCUCAAAAUUCAGAAAAUUUUGUAAAAUUGAGCUUGUCUGUUGCUACCUCAAUGUCUGUGGGGGAAAAAAUCUUCAUUUAUAAUUUGGUAGAAAGUUGUUAAAACUUUUAGAUGAUCAAUCGUUAAUUUUAGAUGUUCACUGAAAAAGAAUGUUUAAAAGAGUUUGUUAGCACUUGUAAAUUUGAGAAUUUCUUUGUUUGUAUGUUGCCAAUUUUAGAGAGUAAAUUUACUGUGUCAGAGGAAACAAAAAAAUAUAAGGUAUUGUCGUCACUUGAUUGUCUGCAUAGGUUAGUUUUUAUUUUGAUCCACAUUUUCUCAAAAAUGGUAAAAGCUAUAGCGUUGAAUCUUUGCACACUUCCAUAUCAUCAUCAGAUGAGUAUGCAGGUACCGGUAGGUCAAGGACCUUAAGUCUUACUUGCAGAAUAAUGGCCCGUUUUGUACUUAGAAAAUUGGAAUUUCUUAGUUAAAAUGUUUGUUUAGAUCCACUUUUCUUGAAUACUUUAAAGAGUAAUUACUCUGAAACUUUGUACACUUGUUAACAUUUUGUAUUUCAUUAGAUUUGUAUGUAGGUCUUGAACCAUGACUCUCCCUCUUUGCAGUUUUGUUAGAAUAAUGGCCCUUUUGAAUGUCAAACAUUGGUAUUUCUUUUUUUUUUUUUUUUUUUUAGCUCACCCGAGCCAAAGGCUCAUGGUGAGCUUUUGUGACUGCUCAAUGUCUGGCAUCAAUUGUCUGGCAUCUGUCCGUCAACAUUUUUUUAAAAAAGAUCUUCUUCUUGAAAACCACUGGGCAGAAUUACCCCAAACUUCACAGGAAUGAUCCUUAGGUGGCCCCCUUUCAAAAUUUUUCAAAGAAUUGAAUUCCAUAUAGAACUCUGGUUGCCAUGGCAACCAAAAGGAAAAACUUUAAAAUUUUCUUGUCCAAAACCGCAUGGCUUAGAGCCUUACUAAUUGGCAUGUGACAUCAUCAAAUUGUCCUCUAUGAAGAUUGUUCAAAUUGUGCCCCUGGGGUGAAAAGAGGCCCCACCCCGGGGGGUCACAAGUUUUACAUAGACUUAUAUAGGAAAAAACUCAAAAAAUCUUCUUGUCUAAACCACAGGACCUAGGCUUUUGAUAUUUGGUAUGUAGCAUCGCCUCGUGGUCCUCUACCAGAAUUGUUCAAAUUAUAACCCUUGGGUGAAAAGAGGCCCUGCCCCGGGGAGUCUCAAGUUUUACAUAGACUUAUGUAGGAAAAAACUUCAAAAAUCUCCUUGCUUGAAACUGCAAGGCUAAGGCUUUUGAUAUUUAGUAUGUUGCAUGGCCUUGUGGUCCUCGAAUGAAAUUGUUCAAAUUAUGCCCCUGUGGUGAAAAGAGGCCCUGCCCUAGGGGUCCCAAAUUUAAUUAACAUAGACUUAAAUAGGAAAAAAAAAUCUUUUUGUCUGAAAGUUCAAGGCCUAGGCCUUUGAUAUUUAGUAUAUAGUAUUGCCUAGUGGAUCUCUAACAAAAUUGCUCAAAUUAUGCCCCUGGUUUGAAAAGUGGCCCCACCCUGGGGUCACUUGUUAUAUGAGUUAAAUAGGAAUAAUACUUCAAAAAUUAUCAGAUCAUAUUUCCUGGACUGUUUAAUUAAAAUUACCUGAUUAUGCAAAGUGAUUAGGGGUCACUUGACUGUGACCUUGACCUACUGACCUACUUUCUUGUUUUUGAAAUUUGGAUGACAUGUACAGUUUUGCACACUGAUCUUAAAACUGACUUUCAGUGACCAUGAAUGUGACCUACUAACCUACUUUCUAAUAUUUUAGCAUCAGUUUGCCAUUUUAAACAUGUAGCUCAUAUUACUCAGGUGAGCAAUUCAGGGUCAUUAUGACCCUCUUGUUUAAUUCACUUUUCUUGUCGAACAUGGAUAAGCGUUGGCACCAGCAGGUGGCUCUCUUGUUUUAGUAUUAUUCUGAUUUCAUUGAACAUGUAUUUAGUUAUUGUUGUUGUAAUCUUGUUGUUAUGUCACAUUCCAUCACUAAUUGUAGAAAUUUAAGACCAUAUCAUUAAAUGUUUAGGUUCUGGUUGUAAUAUACUGUAAUAACUAUUUUGAUAACAUUUUGAAAUUACUUUUAUAGACAAUUUAUUUUUAUUUGUACUAUACUGAAGUGCUUAAACUUUAAAAAUAAACUAUAAAUUCAGUACAAA